UAAAUCAUGAAACCCACUAUGGACAAGUUCAACAGAACCACCAUAUACGGGCUGCCCAUGCGUGCUUCAGCAUUGCCAGGGCAUACAUUUCAUUUCAUUCAGGGAUCAAACCCAGGACUACAUGCAUGCUAGCUGGUUCGAUGCCCAGAACUGAAUGCUGUGCUCCAGCUGUGGCCUCACCGGUGCUGACUAGAGAGGAAGAGCCACCUUCAUAGCUUACAUGUGAUUCCUCUGCCUAUACAACCCAAUACUGGAUUUGCUUACUUUGGCAAGAUAGCUGCAUUGUGCACUGUAUUUAAUGUUACGUGUACUGUAACCCUGGGUCUUUCUCUGCAUUGCUGCCGUCAAACCCUCAGUCCUGCCAUUCUAAAAGUCCUGCCUUUGUGUACCCGCCCUCUUCCCCAUAGACCCCCCCCACAUUCAUUCACAAUGGAUGUCAUCUUUUUAUUCUCUAAUUCCCUUUUACUUUAAUCUUAAACUCUGGCAAGACUUUCACUCUGUCCUAUAAAUUGUCAGCUGUCAGCCCCCUCCCUCCCCGCUUUGGUAAUGGAGCACCCCACAAGCCUUUUCACUGGUUCUUUUCCAUUUGUAGUCCUGUAACCUAAGCAUUUGGAAUGGUGGAUUCAUAAGCUUUCACAUGGCAUUUGUGAAUCAGGUGCUGGGAAUAACUCUGGAUGGCCCCUGAAGUUCUUGCCUUGCUUAGUCUAGUUUUCUCAACUCCUCGGGGCCUCUGUCUGGGUGGAUAGUAUAGUUUUACAGCCCCUCCUCCAGGGAGGAGAUGCAAAUAGACUGUCAACUUAAUAGAGAGAUUCCUAAUAGACAGUAAGAAGUUAACUGUUGUCUUUUAAUAGAAUAGCCUUUAGUAGUUUUUAAGUUUUUCCAGUUAGACAUCAAAUUGUUAUACAUUUCUGAGGUGAGUGAGGUAAAUGAAGGAAGUGAAACAAGAUUUUUUUAAUGUUAAGUAGACUGUGCUUCACCGGGAAAGCCAAAUGGUGUGUCUUGUUGGAUUUGGUAGUUUACUCAAGUGGGAGCUGCAGCCUCAUUUUCCUGGACUCUGGAGCAUCCUGAUGCCUGAUUUAGAUAAGGGUUUUAGUUGGUUUAUUUAGGAUUGUUGAUACAGCCGCCCAGUCUUUUAAUUAUAUGCUUUGAUUAAGCAUUUAGAGGAUAAUGUAUUCUAUAAUCUUUUCUGUGGGUGGUAAGAAUUGGAAGGUCUCCAAAUGUCCUUUUUAUCUGUGUCUGAGCUCUCAAAGUGAAUCCCAGUGGGUCUUAGGGUAGCAGUUAAGACACCCCAACCCCUCCCCACACAGUCUUAGUGGAUGUUCCCUGUUUAAACUGACUGUCCUUGAGUUUUGGGCAUUAUCAGACCUACAAGGUACUGCUUACAUGUAUUUGUAUCUUGAAGGAGAGAAAGUUGAUUUGAAAAUUUUAAUUUUAAUGCCAUUUCAGUACAUCAGAUUAUUAUCAUGGUUUUAGACAUUACAAAACAUCUGGUAGAUGUCAGCACAUUGUAAGCAUGUGUUGCAGGUGUAUAUUACAACUAAGACGUGUGUGUAGCUGCCAGAGACUGCUGAUUUUAGUAUCACAACUACAUAACCAAAGGAAAGUAUAAGCUCAGUUUGGUGGCUUUGAAGAAUGUCCUUUCUCUGGUUCCUCCCCAUGCAUAUUAUCAAAAUUUGGUGAACUUAUUUUUGAUCAAGAGAAUGAAUGUUUGCAGAUGUAGGAAGAAAUUCAUAGAUGUGCUUGUGCCUCUGUCACUCCCUCAUGAGUACGGUGCCUUUCUAAAAGGAAACAUUAGUUUUGUUCCUUAGCUUCUGGAGUAGCCCUCGCUGACAGACCAGUCAACUGGACUUCGGUGUUCUGUAAGCAGCCAACCCUUCGCAGGUGUUACAGUCGGGUGAAAGAACAUGGUGUUGGGAAAAGAAAGAGCAGUUACACAUUUGAACAGUUGGAACAGGUGUUUGGUCAGGGAGGAUGGGAUGCUCAGCCCUGCCAGCCUGUACUUAUUAACAGUAGUGGCUUGUACCAGGAGCUGGAGUCAGAUGGCAGCACUAUGGAGGACUAUUCACAGGAGGACUGGGGAAACCACAGUCAGGAUCUCCAUGGCUAUCCAACAGAUCAGGAAUUGGAUGAAAUGCCAGUUUCAAAGAGAACAUUAAAAAUAAAACAAGAGUCUCCUGAAGAAGCACAGAAACGAGACACCAUGCAGAAUAUUGUACAGAUUUUGGAGUCUGUACAGUUGAAAUGGGAACUGUUUCAGAGUUGGACAGACUUUUCAAGGCUCCAUCUUUCCAAUAAAUUGGCCAUUUUUGGAAUUGGAUAUAACACCCGCUGGAAAGAGGAUAUCCGCUACCAUUACGCUGAGAUCAGUUCCCAGGUGCCCCUUGGUAAGCGUCUUCGGGAGUACUUCAACUCUGAGAAGCCUGAGGGACGAGUAGUCAUGACCCGAGUGCAGAAAAUGAACUGGAAGAAUGUUUACUACAAGUUCUUAGAGAUCACCAUUAGUGAGGCCAGGUGCCUGGAGCUGCACAUGGAAAUUGACUGGAUACCCAUUGCCCACUCCAAGCCAACCGGUGGGAAUGUUGUUCAGUAUUUACUGCCAGGAGGGAUUCCGAAAAGUCCAGGUCUUUAUGCUAUUGGCUACGAAGAAUGUGUAGAGAGGCCCCUCACCCCAGAUGUCGAGCGCCAGACCCUGGACCCAGGAAAAGAGGGCCGGGUUGGCCUGGAAAGCCUCUCAGCACAGGCCUCGUUGCACGUGGAAAUAGAACCCUCCCGGAUCAUCUACUGCUACCUCGGAAUCGCUGAGGUCAGGACUCUUCAACAGUGCUUGUUUUUACAUUUUCAAGCAAAUACCAAAACCUUCAGUAAAGAAUGGGUUGGUAUUAAUGGAUUUUUGUCCCAGAACUGUAUUGUGGAUCCUGGAAUUUCCCCCAAAUCCAUCUAUAUCAAAUUUGUAGAAGUAGAGAGGGAUUUUCUUUCUGCCGGCUCAUUAGUUGAGUGUCUGGAAAAAGCCAUCGGAUAUCCCUUAAAAUUUAACAACUGAGUGUCAUCCUUCAUAAGGAUUUGGGCGUGUGCAUUCUUCUCCAUCCUUCCUGUUCCCCAGACUACCCGCAGUCCAGAUGCUGCCCUCAGCCUCUCCGUGGGAACUCUUUCCGUGGUGAGACCAAUGCAACCUCGCAGGCAGCAUAGCAGACACUGGGAGAAAGGCAGACCUCACCUGAAGUGCUCGUUUCGAGCAAGCAGGUCUUGCAUGGUGGGUCAGUUCUUUUUUAAAAAAAGAAAACAUUGAUUUUAAAAUGGAUUUUAGAGCCCUGAAAUGAACAAAUGUAGGUACAUUCCAUAUUGGACAAAACUUAUACUUUGAGUUUCAUAUGAAAUUGAAAAUUGUAUUUUUUUCACAAUGUUUCAUUUUUACACAUCUCUAUAAGUAUUAUUUACAACCUUGAAUAAAUAAGAAAUAGAUAAUGACAAGUAAAUCUUGAAUCACAGUAAAUAAGGCUGUUUUUCAAUAUUACCUUUAGCUACUAUUGUAUAUAAUUUAGAGUUUCAUCUUUUUCACCAACCAAGUGUUUUGCUAUUUCCAAUCAGUGUUGCCUGCAAAGACUUUUGUUUAUGUGAUGUACGAUUUUUAUGGUUGUGUUACCAUUUAAAUUAAAAAAAAAUAUUAAAGGAA